AAUGUAGUAACCCUGAGAAGCAGCGGUAGCUCAACGUGAAUGUUUACUCAACGAGAAGAUAAAUGUUUGUUGUUAAUCCACGCGGUUACAGUCAGCGUGGAAUCUUCUCUAAAAGAGUUUGCUCUUUCCCCUUAGUAAUGAAUUCGAUAUUUAUCUGAUCAGUUCAUUUUAUCUCAUCAUGAUUCUUCCUUUACUUUUUGCAUUAUUUCAUUUUUCUUUAGCAUGGAGUUCUUCUUACGAAAUGGAAGUAACUCGAACAUGCGAACCUAUACGAAUUGACAGUUGCAAAAAUAUUGGAUAUAAUGUGACAGGAAUGCCGAACUUUGUUGGCCACGAUAUGCAACACGACGCGCAAUUGCAAAUCCAGACUUUCAUGCCUCUGAUUCAAUAUGGAUGUUCUUCGAGGCUUUCAUUUUUUCUUUGUUCAGUAUAUGUACCCAUGUGUACUGAUAAAGUUCCUCAACCUAUUGGUCCAUGCAGAAGUCUUUGCGAAUCAGUGCAAGAACGUUGUGAGCCGGUGCUUUUAGAGUUUGGUUUUCAAUGGCCAGUAGCUUUGAACUGUAGCCAAUUCCCACCCGUAAAUAAUGAGAAACAUAUGUGCAUGGAAGGGCCACAACAUGAAGAACAAAAACCUUACCGUGAUAGACGUCCUUUACGACAUCAAAAAGGACCUGGUAUUAGCCAUCCUAGACAGAAUCUUGUCAACAGCUGUAGACAUUUGCGUUCACAUGAUCAGUUUUAUUAUAUAAACAUUACAAAACAUUGUGUAGCAUCUUGCCGAUCUAACAUUCUCUAUUCAAAAGAAAACAAGGAAUUUGCUCAAGUGUGGGUGGCCGUAUGGACUGGCAUCUGCUUCUUGUCAACUAUGUUUACUUUGAUUAUGUUUUUCAUGAAUACUGAUCGAUUCAGAUUUCCUGAAAAGAUUAUAAUUUUAAUCAGUUGGUGUUAUUUCCUUUGCAGUUUCGGCUAUUUAAUCCGACUAAUAGCUGGAAGAGAGCAAACUGCCUGUUAUUGGAACUCUCACUUCAAUGAAUCUCUCCUUGUUCAUGGUGGUCUUUAUAACAUUAAUUGCACACUUGUUUUCACUCUAUUGUAUUAUUUUGGAAUGGCUAGCUCGAUUUGGUGGAUGAUUUUGUGUCUCAACUGGUUUUUGAGUGCUGGUCUUGGCUGGAAUAUGGAACGUUUCAGUACUUAUUUCCAUCUCUUUGCCUGGUUCGUCCCUGCUGUCAAAACCAUCGCAAUUUUAGUAAUGAAUGGAGUAGAUGCUGAUGAAUUAACUGGCAUUUGCUAUGUGGGCAAUCAGGAUCGACAAUUUUUAGUGCGCUUCGUUAUUGUGCCUUCUUUCACUUAUUUAGCAGUUGGUGUUAUCUUUCUAGUUGCUGGAAUGUUGGCCAUUAUCAAGAACAAAAGCUACCGAACAAAAGUCAGUAGCAUGGACGAGAAGUGGGAAACAUUAAUGGUUCGAGUUGGAAUCUUCGCAGUUUUGUACACAGUUCCAGCAAUUUGCAUGCUCGUCACCAACUUCUACGAGUUUACAAAAAAGGAUGAAUGGCUGGCUCAUGAUUCUACUUCUCGUCCUAAUGUAGAACUAUUCACACUUAAAAUAUUCAUGUCCUUGGUUGUUGGCAUUACUACUGGUGUAUGGUUAUACACUUCUAGAUCUCCGCAGCUGAGGAGACCCAAAUUGAGCUCUCGUAACCAGAGAGUAUGUAAUCACCAAGUAUUGCUGGGUCCUCAGCAAAAAAUGACAAUUGUCUAAAGAAGUGUGUCAUUAGUGAUCAUUUGGGGGGACAUUUUUAUUUAUUCUCGUGAUCUGAGAAUGAAAUUUUAUUCCACAAUGUUCACGCCAAAGCUCGUGUAAGUACUGUGAUUUUAUACAAUUUGACAAUACAACUCUGUUUAUGUUCAUACUGGCAGUGGCGUAAAUAACACUCCUGCAACCCCCGCGGUGCGGGGGGCGCACGAGGUUUGAGUGCGCAUGAUCCAGAAAUAAUACACUAUGAUAGGGGUGCACAAUCUGCUUUUGAGAUGCUGCCGGCUGCAGAACCGAAACAUGAUUUUAAAAAAAACUAUUGUAAUUUUUUGGAAGAUAAAAAAUAUCAAAAAUUAUGAAUUACGCAUUUAAGCUUGUAACGCACAAAAUCUAAAUGUAGUUUUUCGAUCCCUUUUUUUGGUGGUUAUCGCUUCGAAUUUCUAAAGCUUCAAAAAUUCUAAUAUAUUUAAUUCCACAAAAUUAUGAUGGUUGAAUUUUCAAUUUUAAUUAUCACUUUUGAAACAAAAAAGAAAUAACUUUUUUAUUCGACGUGCUUCAUUUAUGUCACCAUUAUCCUACUGUUUUCUUAAUACUCUCUUUCUCUCAGUACUCAUUUUCUAUCGGUACUAUUUCUUUCUCGUUUCUCUAAGUAUGUUUAUCUAAGUUCAACUCGUAACUAAGUUCUGACUUUUACUCAUUUUUCUAAGUAUCAUAUCGUUUCUCUGAGUAUUUUUUUUCUAUUGUUUUUCAUUACUUAUUGCUACACAUUUCCACAUGUUUAAGUAAAUCCUGAUAUUUUUAACAUAAAUUGAUACGACACUCGAAUCGCGCAUUUCAAUGUGCGCUUUAUUUGUGCCAAUUUCAUCGCAAAUCUAAGAGUUUUUAUUAUUGUUCUUUUUAUAGUUAUUGUUAGAUUUCGAAAAUCCAGAUAUUUUUAAUCCAGCAUUAAAACAACUAGCAAUUUUCGAAUUUGUUGUUGUUUCUCAAUCGUUUUUUUAUUUAUUUAUUUUUUUUAAGUUGUUACUAGUUCUUUCUUUCUUUCUUUUUUUAUCAUUCUCAAUAUUUUUAUAACACGUGAAAUACGAACAUGAGUUUUUUUUAAAAACUGUUUACCUCUUUUGAACUUUUUCUAAUUUUUCGUGCUUAAAAAACCAUUUUAAGAUUUAACAUUUAUGAUGAAAUCUCUUAUAAUUCACGAAAUAUAAAUGUUCUAAAGCUAAAAAUAUACUGAAUUGAAUCCUAUUUAGUACUUUUCUAAAUAACGCCUUUCCAUCGCAAUUAUUAAUUCCUUAUAAAUUAAAAUAAUUUAUAUUAAAAUAUGCAAAUUAAAAUACAUAAAUUAAUAUAAAUUAAAAUAAAAUGAAUGAUUAUAAGUACCCAAAUAUAUGUAUUUCCAUAGUGUUUUUGCUUCAUAUUGUAUUUUUGUAAUAAGCGAAAUACGAGCAUGAGUUUUUUUUUAAGAACUGUUUACUGUUUUUGAACUUUAUUUAAUCUUUUUGUGACUUAAAGUGCUUGAAAAACCAUUUUAAGAUUUAACAUUUAUGAAAUCUCUUAUAAUUCAUGAAAUAUAAAUGUUCUAAAGCUAAAAAUAUACUGAAUUGAAUCCUAUUUAGUACUUUUUUAAAUAAUGCCAUUCCAUCACAAUUAUUAAUUCUUUAUAAAUUAAAAUAAUUGAUAUUAAAAUAUACAAAUUAAAAUAGAUAAAUUAAUAUAAAUUAAAAUAAAAUGAAUGAUUAUAAGUACCCAAAUGUAUGUAUCUCAAUAGUGUUUUUGUUUCAUAUUGUAUUUUUGUAAUAAGCGAAAUACGAGCAUGAGUUUUUUUUUAAAAACUGUUUACUGUUUUUGAAUUUUAUCUAAUUUUUUUGUGGCUUAAAGUGCUUGAAAAACCAUUUUAAGAUUUAACAUUUAUGAAAUCUCUUAUAAUUCACUAAAUAUAAAUGUUCUAAAGCUAAAAAUAUACUGAAUUGAAUCCCAACUGAAUAAUGACUCUUAUUUAGAGCUAUAAUGCUUUUGCUUUAUUUUAAAUUGUAGACCCUAUGCAAUUUUUUUAAUUAAAAUAUUUAUUUUGCAUUUAUGUUACUUAAUAAAAUAUUUAUUUAUUUUUUAUUGUUUACUUUCAUUCAAAAACAUUUUUGUUAAUUUAUUUUAAAAUAAACUUUUGUGUUCUGAUAUAUGAUAAAAAACUAUCACUUCCCCUUCCCCAUCUUUAUAUUUUUUCCGACAAAUCUGCUCUUCGAUAAGAAGAAAAUAUAUAGAUUUUUUUAAUGAAUUUCAGCAUUUAAAAGAAUUUGAUUUUAUGCAGAUAUAUUACUAAGUUGACUAAUUAAGAGAAGAAAAAAAAAGAAUUCAGGUAAUAAAAAAAUAAUUAUAAUUAUUUAAAGAAUUUAAUUUCCUGCAAAUAUUUUACUAAGUUGAUUGAUAAAUAGAAUUGUGCCUCAAGCACUGAUAUUUUUGAAAGUAUCAUAAUUGCCUCAACUUGGGCAUGCAGCCCUUCAUUCAAGGAAGGGUUGUUUCCCCAACUAUUUCAAUCACAAUAUUAAUUUUUUCCUUAAUAAAAUAUUUUUUUAAAUUCACUUUAUAAAUAAUAAUAAUCCUUUACUAAACUUUGAAUAUAAUUAUUGUAAGAUAGUGAGUUAUUUUCUUAUAUUAUUAUGAUGAAUUUCCUUUUAAUGUGGUAUAUAGGUAAGUGUAUACUAUGUUCCUAUUUAGUACUUUUCUAAAUUAUUCCUUUCCAUCGCAAUUAUUAAUUCCUUAUAAAUUAAAAUUAAAAUAACUGAAAUUAAAAUAAAGAAAUUAAAAUAUAGAAAUUAAAAUAUAGAAAUUAAAAUAUAGAAAUUAAUAUAAAUUAAAAUAAAGUGAAUGAUUAUAAGUACCCAAAUGUAUCUUCAUAGUGUUUUUGUUUCAUAUUAUAAUUUUGCUGAAAAAAAAUCUUAAAAGUCUAAGAUACCCCGCAUUUAUAAAUCUUGCAGGUGGGCACACCUAAGUCUAUGUACGCCACUGCAUACUAGUGAAUCAAUUGUUAUAAUGUUUCGAACUUAGAAAAAUCAUCAGUACACGUGAAUCAUUAUUUUUAUGUAUAAAGUGUAUAGUUAUUUUAUUUGCACUGGUUUAUAUUUGUAAUAUAGCUUUAUUUUUUAAAUGUGUACUUAAGCAUUUACUUAAUUUACGAUGUGCCUUAUAUUUAUUAGUAAACAAACUAUAUAUUAUCAGAACAGAUUUUAAUAUUGAACAAUUUACGAAUCAGAUUUUAUCUGGAUCAACAUUUAUAACUAGUAUUAUAAUAUUGUUUAUCAAAAAAAAAACUCCAUUUAUAAAAUCUGAUACUAAUCUGAAAUAGAAUUUUUUUUUUAAAAAAAUCUGAAGUAUGUUUUUAUUUAUUGUAUUUUGUAAUAUAUUCUAAGGUCUGGUACAAUAUAGCUGCAUUUGUAAGUAAUCAAUUGUUUUCUUGUUUAUAACUUGUUUUCACAUGCUUUUUAGAUAAAUAAAAUGUUUUAAAAUUAAUAAAAUAAUUUUAUCUCUGUCAA